AUGCUUCUCCGCAAUGACAAGUCCUACAACGGCAUAUCCGACCCGCUCCAGAGUCUAACGACUACGGCAUCUACCAAGCAGUAUUCCGGCAACCCCUCCCCGCUCGCUCGUCUACCACGCGAAUUGCGCGACCAGAUCUACGAGUAUGCCCUGGGUGCCGACAUGAUGCGCAUAUUGAGUUUCGGCGAGACGAAGCUCAUAAUGCUUCCAAUCUACGCGCCGGGUCGCGUGUACUGUGAUCAGGAAGACGGUCUUCCGAUGUGGAUGCUAUCUAGCCAGACGAUUCUGUCUGAAGCACUCGAAGUCUUCCACCGAACGCAGUGCUUUGAGCACAUCGACCUUGCGCCAUACGCCCAAUGGAAACUUUCGCCCACCCGGAGGAACCCCCUGGUACUCAACCAAAAUAUACGUCACGUAAAACUCAACGAGCCACUCGAAGUGGUCGGAAAUUCCUUUCCAUUACCAAGUUCCUGGCAUCCCGGAUAUAACGAUACGUUUCUGAAGUGUCUUGCGUUAUGGAAUCCGCCGGAACUGGACGUACGCUGUGAGGUAUUCUCUAAUAAUCCGGAAGGACCUCGCAUGGAUCCAAGCCAGGUACCAAAGUGGCACAGUAAGGUCCCUGUGCGGAACCCCGAUGUACGUGAUCGGUUCAAACAGCUUCGCGGACGGUGCAGAAGCAUGUCAGUGGAAAUCAAAGUCCCUCACGGUUUUCAGGAGAACGGAAAGCUUUUGGAUAACGCACGAGCUUGGGCUGAGCCUAAGCUCGAGCACAAGAGACAAUAUUUCGCCGACUUAUGUCAGUCGAUUGAGGCAUGGGCGAGGGAAUUGGUUGGCGGAAGCACGCGCUUCUUACUGAAGAACGAGAAUGACGGAAGGAGCAAUUGGAAGAAUGGAACUCCUCCGGGAAAGUACUUUAGGGCCAUAUGCGAGGCGCAAAGACUCGGCUAA